UAGAAAAAUCAUAAACUUGUAAUCACAGUCACAAAAAAACAAUAUCACAUUUCAUUCUCUAUAUCCAAAAUGUAUGAACAAUCCAUCUCAGACUCCGACUUUGCUCUUCUUGAAUCGAUCCGCAGGCAUCUCCUCGACGAUUCUGACUUCUCGAAAUAUUUUCCGAUGAUGGGUCCAUGCAAUACACCACUGGUUUAUGAUCUGAGUUCGAGUUUUACUGCUUGCCAAGCAAUGCAAUUAAAUGUAGAUGGCUCGUCGGAGAUGAUGAUUGCGUUUGGAGCAAAGGACGUUACGGAGGAAGAAGUGGUGGCGCGCGGGGUUCACGCGCCUCCCGAUUGGAGGAGGUAUAGAGGUGUGAGGAGACGGCCAUGGGGAAAGUUUGCAGCGGAGAUAUGGGACCCUAUGAGAAAAGGUAUUAGGGUUUGGCUCGGGACAUACGAGACACCUGAGGAUGCUACAAUGGCUUAUGACCAAGCUGCAUUUAAAAUGCGAGGCUCGCAUGCUAAGCUUAAUUUUCCUCACCUUAUAGGUUCAGAUAAAUCUGAGUCGAUAAGAGUGAGUCUGAGGCAGCAGCGGUCACUAGAGGCUUCAUUAUCAUAUUCUUUGUCGGAAAGUGAAUCCCCAAAGCGAAGGAAAUGCAUGGUUGGGCAGCGCCGGCCGUGGUUAAAUCCAAGUUGGAUAGUGAUUGUGUUGGAAGUGAACACAUCAGUUACUUGUAAAUUGUUUAAUAAUAAAGCUAACUAUCCCAGAGAACAAAACCAGAAUUUGCCUCAAAAUAUUGAAAUGUAUGGAUUCGAAGCAAUCACAUUCAACAUCUAUGGCUGUUACUUGGAAGCGAUCGUGAGGGGAUACCGAUCUGGUUUGCUCACCGCCGCCGAUUGCAACAAUCUCUGCCAGUGCGAAACCCUAGAUGACAUCAAGAUGCACCUCUCCGCUACCGAAUACGGACCCUACCUCCAAAAUGAUGACUUCGUUGCGUGGACUUGCAGAGAUAUUUUGGUGUAUGGAGAAGAAAUUGUACUUUUGUCAUCUCCAGCUUUUGUGCAGUUAACUAUUCCUGAUAUAGAAAACUAUUGGCAGCGAACAGAUAAUUAUUGA